AAAACUAAAAAAGAAAAACAAAAAGAAAUAAAAGAAAUAAAAACGACAUUGGAGAGAGAGAAAGGAGCGAAGAAGGAAGAGAAGAGAAGAGGCAUACAGAGAGAGGACUGUGUGACGGCGGCUUAUUUGUUAAUUUCACGUGUUAGAUCUUUCUCUCGUCUUACUAUUUUCGUACAUUCCUUCAAUAGCACCUAAUGUCCUCCUCCCUUCUUAGUUUUGGUUGAUCAAUUAAUUUAAUUGACCAGUUUCAAUUUUUGUUCUUUUGAUUGAUGUUGAUCAUCUUACACUGAUUUUUGUUUUUGAAACCCUAAUUUUUGAUGGCGAUGACUGCUGAUUCAUCACAAAGUCCGCGUAGUGGUAGUGGUUCUGUGUUAUCUGUUGAUGGUGUAAACAGUCCGCAAAAGCACAAAAGUCUUCACUCUCCCUGGGCUCAAAUUGUCAGAGGUGAGCCAGAAUCUGUUCCUCCCCUCAAUCAUUCGCCACCACCACCGCCACUACAGUCUUCCUCACCGCCAUCCAUUCUAACUUCCAACGAGCAAUCUACUUUUUCUGAUUGCUCUCCGGAGAAUUUUGAAAGCAAUGCAGAAAAGCCAAAGAAGCUGGCUUGGAAGAAGCCAUCGAAUGGCGUAGCUGAGGCUGUCAGUCCUGUGAUGGGAGCCGUUUCAUGGCCUGCUUUGUCUGAAUCCACUAAAUCUUCUCCUAAAUCAUCAUCUGCUGAUUCUUCUGAUGGAUCCAUAGCCAAUAAUCAGGUGCCUGUAAUACCUCCAAAGCAAACGUCUAGUAAUGCAAAAUCUAAUGCUACUUCGAAUCAAUCAAUGCCAGCUCGACAAAGAUCUAUAAAGCGUGGUGGCAGUGGCAGCAGCACUACCUCUGGAGGUGGGCAUUCUCAUUCUCAUUCUCAAAGCAACUUCACCCAUCCUCCCCCGCCACCGCCACCGCCACCACCACCACCUUUUCCUCUUUUUGCAAUGCCUCCCAAUGGAUAUGGUAAUAUGGUACCAGCCAUGCCAGAUCGCUCUCCAAGAGAUCCUCCAUAUAGGGGCAACAACAAUUGGGAACCUAGACCAGUUGGAGGGUUUGUUACUCAACCUCCUGCGGUAAAUGAUCACAGACAUUCCUCCAGGAGAGGCAACUUUGGGUCACGUGGUGAUGGUACCUACCAUCACAAUUUUGGGGGCAGGCGUGAUCAGGACCGAGGGCAUUAUGGGAAUGUCAGAGAUGCUCCUGUGCAACAACAAAGAUCUCCAAGGGGCUUUGUUAGGCCUCCACCACCGAAUACUACCACAUUCGUUCCACCCCAGCCUGUGAGACCCUUCGCAAAUCCCAUAGGUUUUCCUGAUGUGGUAUAUAUUCCAACUUUGCCGUUGGAGCCCUUUAGGGGGGUGCCUUUCAUCACACAUGCACCAGCACCUGGAAUAAUUGUACCUGUCCCUGAACCUCCUUUGCCUGCAAUGUUAGUCCAUCAGAUAGAAUAUUAUUUCAGUGAUGCUAAUUUAAUUAAAGAUGAUUUCUUAAAGUCGAACAUGGAUGAUCAGGGCUGGGUUUCAAUUACUUUAAUAGCAGGCUUUAAUCGCGUUAAGAGUAUGACCAAGGAUGUCCAGUUAAUCUUAGAUUCCUUGAGGACCUCAACUAUUCUAGAAGUGCAGGAAGAAAAAGUGAGAAGGCGUAAUGAUUGGAUGAAAUGGAUUCCUGGUUCUAGUAGGCUUUCUAUUGAUUCAGGCCUACAAUCCUUCAAUUCACCAAGUCAAGGUAUGUUGACUAAUUCAUUUCAAAAGAUGACAGUGGAGGAAGUCACCUCUAACCAAAUUAGUACGCCAGCUAAUCCAUUGCCUAACCCAGAGGAUACUUCUAUAAGGAGUUCAUCAGAGCUAAUGACUCGUUCUCAAGUCUCGCAAUGGGAAGGUACUGAAGAUUCAAGUUCAAGCUGAAACCAAUCUGUUCAUGCUGCUGCCUUAAAAGCAAAAUUCUUUGAGGAUAAUGCACUUGGUUUUUGUGGAGAUGGAAGAUAGAUGCUGCUAUGCAAGGUUAGAAAGGCACCUUCACUUUUUAUUUUGCCAUCACCGUGCCUGGUUUUGACAGAAUUUGCUGAGGCACAUUGAUGAAACCAAAAUAAGAAAUAUAUAGGUAUUUAUUCAAGGACAGAAAAAAAAAAAAAAAAAAAAAAAAAAAAAAAAAAAAAAAAAA